CAUAAUUUAGAAGGAUAACAAGCACCUUUCUCUUUAAUUCUCCUCUCUACUUUCUCUCAGUCCUCUCUCUCUUCCUCUCCUCUUCUUCUUCCUCCUACACUACUUCCAUGGCCGAAAGGAUCUAUCCUUCCGCCAAGCCUGCUUCUAACGGCACCGUCACUACCAACGGCGGUGCCGCUAAUCCUUCAUUUCCUGCCACCAAAGCUCAACUCUACGGUGCCACCAGACCUACCUACCGUCCCCAGCCCCACCACCGCCGUAGCCGCUGCAGAUGCUGCUGCAGAUUCCUCUACUGGUUCCUCCUCACCCUCCUUGUCCUGCUCCUCAUCAUCGGCGUCGCCGGAGUUAUUUUCUACUUAAUCUAUCGCCCACACCGCCCUUCCUUCACUGUCACUUCCCUCAAACUCUCCUACCUUAACCUCACUUCAUCGUCCUCUACUCUGGACUCUAAAUUGGACAUCAGCGUCACCGCCAGAAAUCCUAACAAGAACAUCGCCUUCAUCUACCAGCCGACCUCGAUUUCGAUUCUCUCUGACGGCGUUGAUAUCGGCGACGGCACGAUCCCCUCUUUCGAGCACGGGAAGAAGAACACCACGGUGUUGAAGGCUACGGUUUCGAGCAGUAAGCAGACAGUGGACGACGAGGGUGCCGGAAAAUUGAAGGCGAGGAUGAGGAGCAAGAGUGGUUUGCCAUUAGAGGUGAAUUUGAAGACGAAGGUGACGGCCAAGAUGGGGAGCUUGAAGACGCCCAAAGUCGGAAUCAGAGUGUCUUGCGAUGGAAUCAGGGUUAGUCUUCCGUCCGGCAAGAAGCCGGCGACGGCGUCGACUUCGAACGCCAAGUGCAAAGUUGAUGUCAGAUUCAAGAUCUGGAAAUGGACCCUUGGGUAAGAAAGAAGAAUAGUACACAGAAAUUGCUCAGAGGUGUGUGAUGUUAUGAUUAUUUUUACUUUUCAUUUAUUUUUCUUUUAUUUUCUGGUUUUGAAGUGAUGCUUUUUAUUUGUUUUUUCUUUAUUUGGUGAUACUUAAAUCAUAAUUGUCUGUAAAUUCAACCGAGAUUGCUGAAUUGUAGUAGGAUACAGUUGUAAUGUAUAAUUUUUUAAGUUAGUUUUGUAUUUUAUGUCUUAA